AUGGAGACACCGAUCAUACUUUGUUUGAAGAGGGCAGAGGACAUGACCACCCCAAGGACAGCAUACAAGGUUAACUGCGACCAUCCAGGUUCGGAAGUGGCAGCUGAGACUGCUGCUGCAAUGGCUGCAGUCUUAAUUGCUUUCAGACCUUACGAUUCUCGGUACUCCGAUCUCCUCCUUCUCUUGCAUGCACUGCAGCUGUUCUCCUUUGCUGAUACAUACAGAGGCCGAUACGACGACUCUGUUCACUCUGUUCGCAAGUACUACCCUUCUUCCAGUGGCUAUUCGGAUGAACUGCUCUGGGCUGCCGCUUGGCUUUUCGAAGCCACAGACGAGAAGCUCUACCUGCACUACGUCGCUGAAAACGCUGCCGUCCAUGGCGGAACCGGGUGGGCUGUUACUGAAUUCUCACGGGACAACAAGUUUGCAGGCUUGCAGAUCCUCCUCACAAACGUGUUCGUCAGGGGUGGUGGCGAAACACACGACGCGACGCUCGAGCAAUACAAGGCCAAGGCUGAGUACUUCCUCUGCGUGUGCCUGCAGAAGAACAACGGCGACAACGUCGACAUGACUCCAGGGGGUUUUCUGUGCUUCCAUGACUGGCACAACCUGCGGUUCGUUUCCUCGGCAGCAUUUCUCUUGGCCGUCUACUCUCGUUACCUGAACAUGGCAGAUGCUAACCUCAUCUGCCCCGAUGGCCAGCUUAGUCCUGACAUGCUCCUAAAAUUUGCGCAGCCACAGGUCGACUACAUUCCGGGGAGGAAUCCAAAGUCCAUGAGCUACUUGGUUGGCUACGGGUGGAACUAUCCCACUCGUGUCCGCCACAGGGGAGCUUCCAUCCCAUCCGUAUUUGUGCUGCCUUCUGCUGUGGGAUGCAUAGAGGGAUUCGACAACUGCUACGUUAGCAAGAACGGUUACCCCAACGUCAUUGAAGGAGCUCUCGUCGGAGGUCCUGAUCCGAGAGAGGAGUUCUACGACGACCGGUGUAAGCACGAACAGACAGAGUCGUCCAUCGCUGGAAAUGCUCCUCUGAUUGGCCUUUUCGCGGUGUUGGACAGCUUAGCUGCGGAUCGAGAUAAGUCCAUUAAGACUGAGAUUUCAGAAUCAGAUUCAACAGGAAAAACGAGAAUGUGAUGCAUUGUGAUUUCUCAGGCUAUGAUGAGAAGAAAUCAGCAGAAUCGCAUCGAACGCCAGCCGGUGAGUAGUGUUGCAUGCAGAUGAAUGGAAGUGAUUCUGCAACUCCAUGAUCUCUUACACAGACGGCUCUUGUCUGCAGAAGCACCGGUUGAGUUCGUGCACGCGGUAACCCACGCACGGAAGCACAAAGGAGCAGAGUAUUUCGGGCGCAAGGUGACAAUGAAGAAUAUUAGAAAAGAUAUUAUUAAGAAAAAUAAAUUAUGAUAAGA